UAAGAGUUGACCGUGACUUUGAAAUAUUUCAGUCGUACACUUGUCGCAAGAUACUUAUUUGCGUAAUUGAAACAUGAAAACGAUUGUUCUGGCGGCAUUCGUCGCGAUAACGUCAGCAUUCGAGAAAGAUUCGUAUGAAACGGAAAGUAAAGAGCCGGUUAUCAAUAAAUUUGAUUUGCCGAUCUCUUAUCCAGUUUUCGUUCGGGUUCCGGAACAUAUCGGAGUCCCGAUACCGCAGCCUUAUCCAGUACAACUGGCAAUUCCUCAUCCAGUGCCAUUUGAAAUUGUUAAACACGUGGAAAUUGCCGUUGAAAAACCAGAACCUGUUGUCGUUGAAAAACAAGUUCCAUUCAUUGUAGAGAAACCAUACGCUGUCACAAUUGAGAAACGUUUUCCCGUGACAAUACCAAAGCCUUAUCCGGUCCAUGUGCCUGUUUACAAAUACGUCUUUCACCAUCAGUUCAAAUCCAAAGGACGAGGCCAUUAAUUAUAAAUAAAUAAAUAAAUAAUUUAUUAAUUAAAUAAACUGUGUCACCAAAAAUUAAUUAAUUAUAUUCAAUUGCGUACUAGAUAUAUAAAAUAUAAAAAUGUAUGUAAAUAAUUAUAUAAAUAAAUAAUUUAAUUGCUGUGAGCAAUACU